UCCUGCAUUUUUGCCAGACUUGAGGCUGAGCAUCCUACCCUGUCUCCUACUAUGUACCCUUCGCCUCACCCGCUGCGAUCGGACGACGGGAUUGAUUGAAUCGCAUGGUAUGAGACCGGCAAUGUCGUUGGUCGCACUGCUUGGUGAAAUGUGAUGACAAAACCUGAUUUAAGAAGUUUUCAUGCUUACCCCUCUAGUGACCGAUGAAUGUUCCAGUGUCAAAUUCCACAUUUGCAAUCGCCGUGCGCACGCCAUGCCCAACUCAUGAACCAUAUAAAGCUCGUUUGCCACCAUACACUAAUGCCAUCGCUUCCACAUUAUGGUUGUCGCACCCGUUGACUCCACCGGGGGACUGUUCUUCCAAGACAGUGGGCCCGUACCCGAUUCUACGACAUACACCACUUUGGUUAUAUACCAUGGUACGGCACUUACUGGAGAGAGUUUUCGAAAGGUCCUCCCGCUUUUCCCAAAACAUAACAUACGCGCCGUCGUGGUGAACCGCCGGCACUACCCCGGAAGCGCCAGGUUCCAGGAGGCACAACUCGACGAUCUUCGUCAUGGCCGAGAAGGCUACCUACACGUCGUUGCACUGGAUGUCGCAAAUUUCCUCGCAUGGUUCAUUGAUAAUGAGCAUGUAACGCCUCGGAGUAGGGACAACAGGUCGGGUGGUCUCGCGAUACUAGGGUGGUCAUCGGGAGGUCCGGUUAUCCUGUCUUUAUUCGGUCAGCCAGAUGUCAUAACAGAACGGCUGUAUGGGCAAAUCCAGCCUUUUUUGCGGGCCGCAAUCAUUUAUGAUUCACCCAUGAUGGCUUACGGCUACAGCUCCGAUCCACCUCCUGGCGUUUCAGUGCAAAAACUUGCCGAGGCUCUGCGCACACCUGAGCACUUCAUGAAGUACGUUACAGGAUGGUUCGAUCACGACUUGUCUUCUCGAUCUUCUGCGGGACUUGACUACAGCUGGAUCGGCAAAGAUGCAUCCGUAGACCAUAUCACGCCUGAGGAACUGCAGAAGAUGGCUGACCCUGCUGCGGCAUUCACGGCGGAUUUGGGGCCAGCAUCUUGCUCAGUUGUGGAACCGAUGUUGCAUCGACAAGCUGACCGAGCGCUAUACGAUGAAGAGCUGGCAAGGUCGGUCCUUCCCGAUGUCAGAUUUACGACUCUGGUUUGCACACGAUCGGGUUGGCAUAUGGUGUUGGGCGCACUGGAGAAUGAGAAAAGAUACACUGCGGCGGUAGCUUCAGGGAAGACUGUUCGUCCGAAUCGGUUUAUUGAUAUCAAGAAUGCAAAUCAUUUGCUUCAUUGGAACGACCCGGAAACUUUUUGUAAAGUCGUUGCCGAAGCACUGUCAUAGUUGACAGUCGUCGUUGCUGUUUCACUUGGGGGUUUAAAGAUGUUUUCUUUGGCUAAUCGUUCAACUUGGUUAUUUCAUGGACUGCCACCGCAUCGUAUAUGAUGAUGAUGAUGAUUAGUAGUGGAUUCAUGUAGUACAGUAACAAUCUAUAGUUAGUUCUGGUGCGUGUGAGAAUCCUCUGCCACGGGAAUUCUCAGCGCAAGUUACUCGAAAAGUGGUAUAUGCCAGGGACCACAAGAGCAAUCGGCUCGAUCUUGGUGACAAUCACAGUUGGUUUGAUCGUUUGGUGAAGAGCAACAGCGAAGGCAGAAACGACGUGCAGAUGGUUCUA